CUUCGUUGACGCUCGAGAAACACGUUGAGCUAAGUUGUCAAUCAAACUGGCACAAAACCCGCCCGACAGUCAAAACCAGUGUUGUUCAUAAUAAAUGUUAUAUUUCUACAGUAUGAGCGGAGUGUUGGCUCGUGGUUCUGUGUGACUUCAAAGCGAAGCAACAUAUGCUAGUUUCUAAUCUACCAGAUCUCUGUCAGGAAGGAAGCACUUGCACUGCAAACCUGCAGACUUCGAGCUAACCCAUUUUAUAUUCCACUGCUUUCACCACUCCUGUUCACUGCGUGUUUUAGAAAUGAGAACGACAUUAUUCCUGCUGUACGCCAUCUCAUGCUGCUGCUUGUUGGUCAGUGCCACUCUCUCAAAAACUGAUGCAAAGAAGUCGCACAAAGCUGAGACUGAGACAUCUCCAGCUGAGUUGUCUGUGUUGGAGAGAGGCCUCGUGGUGUCAGACCCGCCCUGGAAAGACAUAGUGAAGGAGGAGAAGAGACACUGGGCUCAGAUCAAGAGAACCUUUCAAGGACCGGUGCUCGGAUAUGUCACCCCUUGGAAUUCCCACGGUUAUGAUGUUGCCAAGACGUUUGGUGCUAAACUAACUUCAGUGUGUCCAGUUUGGCUUCAGCUGCGCCGGCGGGGACCCGAAACCUUUGAUGUUACAGGACUCCACGAUCAUGACCCAGGCUGGGUCAAAGCCGUACGCAAGUCUAACAAAAAAGUCCGAAUGGUGCCUCGGCUGUUAUUUGAUGGCUGGUCUUACCAGGAUUACACGAGUGUGCUGGGGAGUGAAGAUGAAAUUGAAGAGCUGGGAAGUGAGCUAGUGGAUGUUGCAAAGACUGAAGGUUUCGAUGGUUUCGCGUUGGAGUUGUGGAGCCAGCUGGGAGGUAACAAAAGAAAGGAGCUGGUCCAUAUGGUGAAACACGUAUGUGAGACUUUGAAGGCAAAACGAUUAGACUGCAUUCUUGUCAUCCCACCUGCUGUGACAAGUGUGGGGGAGCCGGGUAUGUUUGGCAGGGAGGAGUUUGAGCAGUUGGCCCCUGUAGUAAAUGGAUUCAGCCUGAUGACAUACGACUACUCCAGCGGUGCCAGACCGGGCCCGAGCUCCCCGCUGCCUUGGGUGAGAGACUGUGUUCUACAACUUGCUCCCAACACUCAGUGGAGGGAAAAGAUCCUGCUUGGACUCAAUUUGUAUGGCCUUGAUUUUGCAAGCCAGGGAACCGAGCCAGUCCUGGGAGGAAGGUACAUCGAGAUUUUGCGAGAAAACAGGCCAAAGCUUCUCUGGGACGAAUAUUCUGCGGAGCAUUAUUUCAGCUACAAGAGGAACAAUGCCGUUAAGCAUGUGGUGUACUAUCCGUCACUGAAGUCACUCUUCCUGAGGAUCUCUUUAGCUACUGAACUGGGAACAGGAAUUUCCUUAUGGGAAUUAGGACAAGGACUGGACUACUUCUAUGAUCUCCUAUGAGAGUUGGACUUGAUAGUGAAGACUUUGGACCAGCAGCAUAUGGAUUUUACUCUCUUUGAACACCAAGCACCAAAUAUUCAGGAGCUUUAUGCCGGUCUUAUCUAUCCAUUUUUCGUUUUACAAGUUAGGCUUACAUGAACUCUGAAACGAGGUGUUGACAGGAUUUAGUUAAUGCUCAACUUGUUUGAGGGUCAUGAAAGUGUUGAGAAAUCUUCUCUACAUGAACAAAUCUGGGAUUUGUUGAUUUAAACGAUACUAGCAGCAGACACAGGUACUUCAGUAUGUUUUAUUCGUCAUCGUCGGUGGUAUUGUGGAAAAAAGAAAAAUCAACUUGUACAGUUUAGUCAAAGUGCAGUGACUCGUCUCCCUUCAACAACAGAGGGUGCAUGAUCAUCAACAUGUAUAACGUUUGAAUAAAAGGUUAUAUUCUCCUCUUGUUCACGUACCACAGACAUCAACCUUCAAAACUGCUUUUUCUCUCUCCUAUCUUUGAAUCAUGACAUUUGAUUGUGUGCCAUUCAUUGUGUUUACAAUAACAGCAUUGAGAAGUAAUGAAGUUGUAUUUACAGUGGUGCCAAACAUCGGUUCUGACCCAGCAUCUGCCAAUAUUUGUCUGAGAUGAAUGUUUAAUUACAUGAAUAUAAAUGUGGAACAACCAAGCAGUUGAAUUUCAAUGCUCCUGAUGGUAAACUUUUGUUUUUAUUUGGCACUCGACAGCAGGAUCAGAUUAUUUACAGCAAGUGAGGUUGACUGCAUAUUCUGGCCAGUUAUGAGGUGUCUGUCUAUUACUACAUGCACAGCAUCUUCUUGACUUGCUGAAAAACAAAGAUACACAUGAGAGGAUUUUAGAAAUGCUGAUUAAGUAUUUUUCCAAUUAUUGUCUGUGCUCUGCAGGUCAGCUCACCUGUGUAUGAUCCACCACUGUCUUUCACAAAGUCUUCCACGACCAAGGGCAGGUUGGCAAAGUCAGGCCUCCGCACCAGUUCAAACACCGACGGCUUUCAGCAGAAAUAGUCGCUGUUAUUACGUACGUUACCACAUAAAGAUAUUUGGGAAUAUUGCCUUCAUGUUUACUUGAGGAAGACUAACCCCUGUUAAGCUGUAGCCAUUGAAGAUCCACUUCUGUCCCUCAGUGGCACAGCACAGUGCAGACACUCCUUGUCCCACUGCACAAACAGGCUCUGCACACAGAGACACAAACCAAUCUCUACACCGGACAUAUGGAUUACACACUGACGGAUUU